AAAACAACGACCACCGAAUCAAACAAAGAGGAGCAGCGAACAAUCGAUCAGUGAACCAGCGAACCAGCAAUCAGCAGACAAUGACGAUCAACGGCAUUGCUAUUGAGAGGAGCAGUUGGCUUGAGCUUAGAGAGUUAGAGGAAGACGAGAUAGGGAGAGAGGCGGGCAACGCUGGAAGAGGCGUGAAACGCUAG